GAAGGAGGCGGAGGAGAAGAAAAUUAAAAUUCUCAAUGGUGAUUGGUGGCUUCACAUGUGACUCGGUGUGCGUAUUUAAGCCUCUGGCGCGAGGUCUUUUAGUUGAGGAAAACAAGAGUUGUAAAGAGGUUUGGUUGAGUUUGUGAAAGAUCUCCGGAAAGAAAAUGAAUUCCGUUGGAAACGUGAAGCAGCGGAGCUCCAAUGAGAACGUAAAGAGCUUCUCUGUACCAUCUCAAAAGGUAGUUAGAGAAAAAAGGCAAAGCCUGCAGGUCCUCCAACAUUCAGCAGUCAACACAAGUUUGAAAUCGGCUCAGACAGGGAAAGUUAUUCCUAAGAGGAAACAGUGGAUACUGGAUCAGUCAAGAGGUUCGAAGAGGGUUAAAGUAGAAGUAAAAGCCACACAAACAGAAGAAGUUAACUGUGUACCAGAUGGCCUGUCCAAAGAAGCAUAUGAACUUAUGGUAAAAGAAACUCCUCCUUCCUCUUACUGGAAAGAAGUAGCAGAAGAACGACGAAAGGCUUUGUACCGGGUCCUACAGGAGAAUGAGAAGUUGCACAAAGACAUUGAAGCCAGAGAUGAGGAGAUUAGCAAGCUCCAGUCUGAGAAUGAAGAGCUGCAGGAGCUGGCACAACAUGUGCAGUACAUGGCUGACAUGAUUGAGAGACUGACUGGAAAGUGCCCAGAGAGCCUGGAAGAAAUGAAGGACAUAGCAUUUGAUGCAGAAGAGGCAGAUCCAGCUGAGCAAGAGGAGGCAGACUACAGUGAUGAAGAGACGUCAGAUCAUGACGAAGCAGGACCCUCAGGAUUAAACUGACUUUAGAAAAACCUCCUUUUGAAGGAGAUGUGCCUUUUUUUCUUUUUUUUUUUUUUUUUACAGGAGCCCUGUAGUUUAAAACUGAAACAAAUGUUUUCCAGACUUGGUUUCAACCUUGUUGUUUUGUAUGUUAAUAAAUCUGGCCGUUGGCAGACCCUGGUCUAAGUUUAAAACACAAGAUCGUUUUUUUUAACUGAUUCUGUACAAUAAACUUUAAAGAAACUCUUAA